AGACGAUGAUGGUGGGAGUAAGAAUAAAGCAAGAAAGCGGUGCCAUAGGUGAGUGGUAGUUGUGGAAGAAUGGAGGAUGAAGGUGAAAUAUACGACGGUACUCGAGCACAAUUCCCUCUUUCCUUUGGUAAGCAAUCCAAAUCUCAAACCCCUCUUGAAACCAUUCACAACGCUACUCGUCGUCCACCUUCUGCUCCCAACGAUUUUCCUUCUAUUUCUUCCUCUUCCAAGGAAUGGCUUCAUUCCCUCCGUCCCCCCAAAAACCCUACCCCUCCUCCUUCUUCUCCGCCUCUCAAACAAGAUUCCCCCCUCGUCGGACCCCCUCCACCACCGCCUCAUAAUGAAGACGAUGACGGCGAGAUGAUUGGCCCUCCUCCUCCGCCAUCUGGUUCCAAUUUGGACGACUCCGACUCCGAAGACGAUUCUGAUCAAGAUCAACUUGGUAACCGCUUUCGUAUUCCUCUUAGCAACGAGAUUGCCCUCAAGGGUCAUACAAAGGUUGUGUCAGCUCUUGCAGUGGAUCACUCAGGGUCCAGAGUACUAUCUGGAAGUUAUGACUAUAUGAUUCGUAUGUAUGACUUUCAAGGAAUGAAUUCUCGUUUGCAAUCCUUUCGACAACUCGAGCCAUCUGAAGGGCACCAAAUUCGUAAUUUAAGCUGGAGUCCAACUGCUGAUCGCUUUUUGUGUGUGACCGGAUCAGCUCAAGCUAAGAUUUAUGAUCGUGAUGGCCUUACUCUAGGUGAGUUUGUAAAGGGUGACAUGUAUAUUCGUGAUCUAAAGAAUACCAAGGGCCAUAUAACUGGAUUGACAUGUGGAGAGUGGCACCCAAAAACUAAGGAGACCAUUUUAACGUCAUCAGAGGAUGGUUCGCUACGCAUAUGGGAUGUUAAUGACUUCACGAGUCAGAAGCAGGUCAUUAAACCAAAGCUUGCGAGACCUGGAAGAGUUCCCGUCACCACAUGUGCAUGGGAUCAUGAUGGCAAAUGCAUUGCUGGUGGUAUAGGAGAUGGUUCUAUACAGAUUUGGAGUAUUAAACCCGGAUGGGGGAGUAGGCCUGAUGUACAUAUUCAAAAAUGUCAUGAGGAUGAUAUUACUAGUCUGAAAUUUUCUAGUGAUGGGAGAAUCUUAUUGUCAAGGAGCUGUGAUGAUUCAUUGAAGGUUUGGGAUCUUCGCAAAACAAAGGAAGCACUAAAGGUGUUUGAUGAACUGCCAAACCACUAUGGACAAACAAAUAUUGGCUUCAGUCCUGACGAGCAACUCUUUUUUACUGGAACAUCUGUAGAAAGGGAUAGCUCAACAGGAGGUUUGUUAUGCUUCUUUGAUAGAGAAAAUCUUGAGCUUGUUUCAAAAGUUGGCAUAUCCCCCACUUGCAGUGUUGUUCGGUGUUUUUGGCAUCCUAAACUGAAUCAGAUAUUUGCCACUGUUGGUGAUAAAAGCCAAGGAGGGACUCACAUACUAUAUGAUCCAAACAUCAGUGAGAAAGGAGCUCUUGUUUGUGUUGCACGUGCACCAAGGAAAAAAUCAAUUGAUGACUUUGAAGCAAAUCCUGUAAUUCACAAUCCCCAUGCUCUACCGCUCUUUAGAGAUCAGCCAAGCCGCAAGCGUCAGCGGGAGAAGGUAUUAAAGGAUCCAUUGAAGUCCCAUAAACCUGAACUACCCAUGACAGGACCUGGCUUUGGUGGACGAGUUGGUACAAGUCAAGGAAGCUUACUGACCCAGUAUCUUCUAAAGAAAGGAGGUAUGAUUAAGGAGACAUGGAUGGAGGAAGAUCCAAGGGAAGCUAUCCUAAAAUAUGCUGAUGUUGCAGCAAAGGAACCAAAGUUCAUAGCUCCAGCAUAUGCUGAAACUCAACCUGAGCCAGUGUUUGCCAAAUCAGAUUCUGAAGAUGAAGAGAAAUGAGUGUUAUGAAGCUAUAAUUGCUGGUAUCACAGGUGGUCAUUGCAUCAGGGACAGCAGACAAGAGUGACUCAGAACUCAGAAGUAGUUACUUGUUCCAACAUGCGGGGAGGGAGCACUCAUGAAAUGAGCUGUGCCUGUGUACCCUUCUCGGCUAAGCUUCAUUAAUGCAGCCAGAAUGAUGAUUUUGAACUUGGUAGCUCUAAGAAGUUUUGUCGAUCUUCUUGGAGCAGUAUUAAUAUCUGUACAUUCUUUCAUAUGUAAAAUUGAAUUUUGAAAACUAUUAUUAUUCUAUAUCUUAAUUCUUAACACUUAAAUUUUAAAAUUUUGAUACA